AUGCCCCAGUUCCCCGACACCCCCCCUCCCCUUCAUUUUUCUCCUCCUUCCAGCGACCACGACCGAUCCUCGACUCGCGAAUCAACCCCUAUUAGCACUCCCGUUGGCUUUGGCAUCUCCAAAUCCCGCACCGCUGAGCGGGAUCGAGACUUGUAUUUCUCCUGGCACCGGAAGGCAGCAGAUAACGCUACCUCUUCCGCAGAACCCGAACCCGAUCUUGAAAACGACUCUUUUCCGCUCUUCCCUUCUUCCCCCACUUCCGAUCCCCCUGUGCGAACCACCAUGGAGGGCCCGACUCCCCCGAUUAACAUUGCCUCCCGGAACUCAUCAGUUUCCCCGACUGCCCAGCAGGCUUCGAAUCUAACGUCUGCUCUGCAACGAGCUUCAACGACUGACAGACUUGCGGUUUCUUCGACUACCGCAGCUCCUAGUUCCGCUGCAUACAAAACAAAUGUCGUCCGUAAGGAUUCGAUUGGCGCAAAUAUGGCGCAGUGGGGGAAUGGCACGAAGCCCAUAACAGUUGCUGGCUCCAACCGGGAGAAACAGCGCCGUGAGAGCUUAGCAGGCAGUUUGGUUGGAGGCAUGAGCUGGGGAGGGGUAUCGGUUGGCAGUUGGAUUCGAGAUGAUAUUCUCAUGACCGGAACUUCUCCCUUCACUUUUCAGUCUCCUUCAUACCAUUCUUCGUCUUACCUCCCAAAACUUGAAGCAAACUUCAUGCGAGAUUUCUCAUGUUGUGGUGUCACACUUCCGUCUCUUCACGACUUGCUGCAGCAUUAUGAGGAAGCCCAUGCUCAGAAAACUCCGCAACCACCGCAACGAUCUGGACAGGGAGGACAAAUGUCCAUGACAGAUAACCGAUCCGGAGUUCCCGGAAGCGUUAGAAAUCAAACGCCCCAAAAUCAGCAAUCAGCUACUAGUACUAAUCAAAAUCGAGGCAUUUCGUCGCCAAGGCCGAAUAAGAGUCAGCAACCGUCCAACCACUUGGCGUCCCCGUCUCCACAACAUCCUCAGACGCAGCAUGGCGGCUUCAUAUCUUCUCCAAACGGCCUUCCCGAUCUCGAUACAGUCGACGAUAUGGAUAUGGAUAUGGAAAUGGAGGACCCCUUGGCAGAUAGCGCUUUUCGAGACUCCCAACUACGAACCACUAUACAAGGUAGAUUUGGACAGCAGAAUCAAGGACGCUUAACGCCACUCAACAUAGGUAUGCUUCAAGGGCACCAGGGGCUCCGGAGUUCACAGCCAGGCACGCCCGUUACCCCUGGGCGUCCUCUCCAAAAUAAUCCAACCGUAUCCUCAGUCAAUACCCCGACCCUCGUCACCCACCAGCUACAGCAGCAGCAGCAAAAUUCUGAAUACCGCGAAACUCCGGAUUCUUCUACGCCAAGAACUCCCGCCGAAUUCGAAGAGUCGAUUAUCGGAGAGUUUGGAGACAUAUCAAUGCAAGGCCAAGCUCAAUUUUCCGGAUAUGGAGGAAACGAUAUGUUGAAUCUCUGUAUCGACGAGCCAGCGAAACGAUUAUUCAGCCCAACCGGUGGGUUCAAUAAGCAACAGAAUAUGCUGAACAGGCUAGGGAACCAACCAUACGGACCCAAUAGCCAAAUUGCCCAACGGAUUCGAGAACAACAAAUGCGUGCGGGCGUCCCAGACACCACCCUUGGGAUGAUGCCCAAUGAAGAACCCAAACCAUUCCGAUGUCCCGUUAUAGGAUGCGAGAAAGCAUAUAAGAACCAGAAUGGCCUGAAAUAUCACAAGGCGCACGGUCACAAUAACCAACAGCUCCACGACAACGCGGACGGUACCUUCUCAAUCGUCAAUCCUGAAACAUGCACUCCUUACCCAGGAACCCUAGGCAUGGAAAAGGAAAAGCCGUUCCGCUGCGAAGUGUGCGGUAAACGAUACAAGAAUCUCAACGGCCUAAAGUACCACAGAUCGCACUCACCGCCCUGCAACCCAGAACUGCAACUCGCGGCUGGUCGAAACCUUGGCGUGGGUGGAGUGAUGCAAGGACAAAAUAUUAACGUCGCCGGAGCUGGCCUCCCUGGUAUUGGCGAGGAGGGCCUUUGA